AUGGAGGCACUUAAAAAGUUCAAUCCAGGGACCAUAGUUGAAUGGUGUGUUUUGAGACGGACUGGUGUAGAGCAGGUUGAAUUUAGACGUGUGUUUUGGGCAUUUAAUCCUUCUAUCCUUGGAUUUAAGCAUUGUCGGCCAGUGAUUAGCAUUGAUGCCACACAUUUGUAUGGCAAGUAUAAAGGUAAGUUGAUGAUUGCAAUGGGAGUUGAUGGUAAUAAUCAGAUAUUGCCACUUGCAUUUGCUAUUGUUGAAAAUGAAUCUUAUGCUAGUUGGAGUUGGUUUCUUUCUCAUGUUAAAAAACAUGUGGUGAAAGAUACUAAAGGGAUAUGUCUAAUUUCUGAUCGUCAUGCUGGAAUUCUAAAGGCAGUUAAUGAACAAGGAUCUCCUUGGUUAGAGCCACAUGGUUUUCACAGGUAUUGCUUAAGGCAUUUUAUCAACAACUUUAAUGAUAAGUUUCGCAACUCUCAAUUGAAAGCUUUAGCUUACUGUGCUGUGAGUCAGAAUCAGAUUAGAAAGUUUAACUCCAUUAUGGAGGAAAUUGGAAAAAUAAACCGAAAAGCUCGCCAGUGGCUUGAGCAACAUGCAUUUGACAAAUGGACGCUUGCACAUGAUGGUGGAAAGCGUUAUGGGCUACUCACAACAAAUUUGUCAGAGAUUUUUAAUAGUGUACUUAAAGGUGCUCGUUUCUUACCAAUCACAUCAUGUGUUCAACUUACAUUUUAUAGACUAGUACACUAUUUUGAUGUGAGACGUCCGAUGGGAUCUAAUGCUCAAGCUAAUGGAGAGAUGUAUACUCCCCAUAUUUUGGCCAAACAAGCAGCUUCAAUGUCAAAAGCUGGUGCACAUUCUUUGAGGUCUUUUAACCGUCAGAAAGGUAUAUUUGAGGUGAUAACUCAAAAGGGAAAAAAAUGUGCAAGUAGUUAA